CUUUUUUCGUGUUUGGAAGAGCCGAGUGUAAUCUGCUUUGUGUGGGUGCAGUUUACCCUCUAUUUGCGAUUCAUGACAGAGGCCAAAAGCAAUUUGUUAUUUAGUUAGUUUAGUUUUACAUCUGUGCUGGAUGAAAUUUUGUAUUGAAAAUGUGGUGAUCUCGAUGUGAUAUGCAGUUCUUGUAGUUUUGUACAACUCAUAAUGCCAAUGCCAGUUUCGACUGCAUGUAUUUUUCGACAAUCUUGAACGUGUUGAAAAUGUUAUAUCAGCUUUUUUGGGUGCUAACGACAUGCUUUACCUUUCUGUUCAAUGCGCUGUGGCUAUGUUGCAAUUUUGCCUCGGUCGGGAUCCCGUGGCUUAUGUUGAUAUUCUUUCUCAUUUGUAUCGCGUCAAAAUUUGUGAAGCUUAAAUGUCCAGCAGUAGAAGUCGUGCAAUCGAUGCUGCAUCGAAGCGAGAAGGAGGUUGGCUCUGAGGUGCUAUAUUGGCCUAUUGUCAGCAGGGGUGGGGCAUUUGAUGCGCCGGAAAACUCACUUGCCGCCAUUAAUCAUUGUUUGUCGCAAAAAUGCUACAACAUUCUACUAGAUUUGAGCAUCACAUGUGAUGGGCAUCUCGUAGUAUUGCACAGGAUGACUUUAGAGAAGGCCAACAUCAACGAACCCAUUCAUAAGCUAAAAUUGAGUGCUUUAGAUAAUUUCAAUAUUUCGGAACAUCAUCCUUUAGGGCAGCAUUUCAACGCGGAGAAAAUAAUAACAUUCGAUAACUUAUUGAAAUUGUUGGAAACGAACGAAUUGACAGUGUUUUUGCUGGCAUCGCACAUCACCGCUAAGCUAACGGAGUUGGUACGAGAUGCAGUUGGCAGGAAUUCAAUUUUCACCAAACGUAUAGUAUUCUGCUGCUCGUCGCCGGUAGCAAUCUACCAGAUACGUCAACAUUGUCCGGAUCUUGUUUGUGGAUUAUGGAUGGAGAAAUCGUCACUGUCUCGUACCCAUCAGUAUUUACACGCAUCAACAAUUUUGAUGUCCAUCUACGGUGCCAUAUUCCGCAACAUUAUUGCACCAGUAAUCGGUAUUAGUCUAGUGUUUAUUCACAAGGAUGAGUUUAAUGCGCAAAUAUCAACCUUAUGGCACAACGUGGGAGUUAGGCCGAUAGUUUAUACAAUCAAUUCGCCGAACGAAAAACGAUACUUUCAGCAGGUGACGAAGACACAGUAUUUGACCGAUUCGCUUCGCUCUGAGCCGCAGAUUAUUUUCAGAGUGAAACAAAAGUGAACGAAACUAAUAAUUUUAAAAAGCAUACACCCCAGUAACAGUUCUAGUGAAACGAUAAUUUAGUACUAUUUUCUGGCAGCCUAUUUAUUCGCGUAGUAUUAGUUUUUGUAAUCUCAUCACUUAGUAGAUUCUUCAUAUUGCUGGAAGCUUUAAGCUUAAUGCUUACUUUUUGAUAUACACAGAUAUGCAGUGCUGUUCUUAGAGUAGCAGUUAGCCGUUUCAGUUGCACCUUAAAACAAAGAAAAAAUACUCCUAUUUAUAUUCCGUUAAAAACGUUGUUUCCACACGAUAAGUUGGAGACGCAAUCUAGUCGGUUUGGUUUGGAUACUCGUGAAUUGUUGCAAUUAACGAAUUUUAUUUAAUACUAGAGACGUGAAAAAUCUAACAUCAAAUUAACGUUUUAUUUCUUUCCAUGCCUCGCCCAUGCAGAUAAAGUAAAUCUAUUAUAACACAAUGUGUUCAACUAAACAACGAUUUGAGUAUUCUUAGUUUAUUUCGAUACAUCAUAUCUUCCAACGUUGGCUAAUAGUUGAACAAAGGCAUGUUGUACACAUUUAUUAAUAAAUAACAAACACAAAAACACUAACAUUAUGUUACGAAAUUUAGCUCGUGAUUUUCACCCCAGUAGCACUGUUGUAGUGCUAAACCGGUUCAAAGUGUUCGAAAUCUUUCAUGAAUUUUGCACUUUUAGCACGGAACAUCGUAUAGCUACGUUGUGUAAUAAAAACCGUCACUGGGUACAGCACUUUUCCUACAGAAGAUACAACAAAGCAUAAUUUAAAAAUAAAAAAAUAUAGUGAUAGUGAAUCAAGAAGCAUUUCAUUGCAGAAAAAAAAUCAUUUAGUUAAGCAUUUUGAAUGUUUUUGCUGUUUCAAAUCAGCUUUUGUCGUGGGCUUUAUUAAAAUGUUUUUUUUUCUGUUAUUGUCUAGGUAAGCUUCUAGUGAAGCUUCCAUUUAUUUUAAUUUUUCGAUUAGUCAAGAAACAAAGCCUUGCUUUUGCAUCAGCAACUGAAAGUUAAAAUGAUAUACUUCAACUCGAUUUGCUACGUAUCAAACAAAACGAAAAUGUAUUGUACCCAACUAUACACGUAAUUAUUAAAAUUUUAUCGCGUAAACCUGCCAGCUCGGAUAGCUUCUAGUACAUUGUAAAUGAUUACGUUCCACGGAGUAAUUUUUUUUAUUCGUUUGUGCUAUAAUAGUCUCAAAAAAGUGUUAUAAUAUUCAGUUGAUCUAAUAUCGAAUUUCUUUAUUCCACUGUGUGCGGGCAAAACUGCCGAGGAAUAAUGAAACGUCAUCGCCAUUUAAGACGCAAGGGAGAAAGAGAUGCCAGAUAAUUGUUCACGAACUAAGCACGUGCGGUGGUGGGUUGAAGCUAACAAAUUUUACAGUGCGCCUCGAGCAGCACGGCAGGUCAAAACUGGGUCAAAAUCGAGCGAAUAAAGAAGGGUUUUGACAGCAGUUAGUGCACUUCCAGGUCAAAACGAGGUGAGCUGGUGGAAUAAAGAAAUUCGCUAUAACUAAUAGAUUUGCAAUCCAAACCAUGUAUGCCACUGUGAAUGCUUAAAUGUAUGUAUUAAUUCUAAGGUUUAGAACUUAUAUUCGUUUUGUAUCAAAAUGUGCUGAUAAAGAUAUUUUGCCAACAUAAAA